AUUCUUCUCCCCCUCAUAUAUUUCUGAGUGUCUAGUUACCUUCAAAAUAUUAACUCAUGCAUUCCACAAGAUUGAAAUGGAAUAGUACAAGAGUCGGGUCUUCCGUGGAGUUGAAAUUGAAAUGUGGAUAUCUCUAGUCCUGGUGUUGAAUUGUCAAAUCAAAAUUCGUAACAGUAUGAAUGGAUCUGUUUGUAGGAAUGGAUCCUGGUGUUGAAUUAUCACAGUAUUUGAGUUAAAAGCUGGAGAAACCCUUAAAUGAAGUGAGCUUACAAAAUGUGAAAUGGCUCCUCCGAAACUAGUAAUGUUUUCAAAUGCAGAUAGUGGCAUAAAAUUUCCGGAAACAGGAUAUUCUGGGCCACGCCAUCCCCGUGUGUUUUGUUUGGGCUUAACCGGUUACCUGCUUCUCACAACUACUGGUCUUCUUGGAGUAAUUUGCUUCUGCCAUGGUUCACAUAUGUCUAUUUCUAGGUUUUGUCAGCAUUCUGGUUUAUCUCAUGUUAAUCCUGGCAAUGCUGUUCGUAUGGACACUGGUGUCACCAUAGCUCAGUGGCGGAAGCUCUUCUUCCAUAAACUAGGGAUUAGGACUCCUGAAGAUCAUGGUGGAUGGGACUGGCCUGAAGUAUUUCCAGUGAGUGCUGGUUCAGCAGAGUUUUGUCCAUCCCUUCCCAAUUUAUCUCCAAAUUCUGAGCUGUAUGGUACAUUUGGAGCUUCAAAUGGAGCUGGACAGUCAUGGAACAAUAUGUCUAUUUCAAAGAACUCUCAGCGUCCACCAUUGUCAAACUUAGAUGGGAUACAAGACCUGGAGAAUGGUUCUUCAUUUGUUUCAGCUUAUAUUGGUUCAAAUUCUAAGGACAUAAAUACCUUCAAUUCUCUUCCAGAUCUCAAAAUUUCAAAAUUGCUUGGUAUCAACAGUUCGCUUUUGCAAAUGGACGGAAGUAGUGUCUCCUCAAGUAUUGAGUUGAGACUUGGGCAUCCAUCCCAGCAAAGCAAAAUGUUGGGAACUUUAGCUCAACAAACUUUUGAGUAUCAUUCCAUUGUCAAACCAAUGGAAUACCAACAAUCAUUGUUUCCAGAGCCCCUUAUGCAUAAAGCAGUUGAAUCACAGGCAGUGGAAGAAAGCAGGUCAAAUUUUCAUAUGUUGAAUUCGAGUCCAGGAAGUGGAAAGGGCCAGCUAGACCUUGUCAACUCUGCCUAUGGACUCCACAACACAACAAGUGAAUCCAGAACUAGAAAUUCCAUUUUUCCUGUGGUUCAAGCGCAGUUCAAGGGUCCUUCAGAAGGACUACUGUACUCUGAAGAUAUCAAAAAUAUGGUUAAUGGAAGUCAUAUUCCACCCGGAGAACCUCAGUAUCAGCUUGAAGGUUUUAAUUUUUCAGCUUUAACACGUGGAGGAUCGCUGCGUGCUCAAGACUCAGGAGUGUACUGUCAGCUUUCCUCUGAUUUAAAUGCAGUUCACUGGCCUUACCUAAGACAUGGAGGUUCUGAAUGUAAUAUUUCUCCAUCAGUUGAGCAAGCGAAUUACUUUCCGGUUGCACCAAAUACAUUCAUGUGUUACUGCUGUAACUCUGCUGUUCAGCCGGACUUUUCUGUUGAAAAACAUCAUUUCAUUGGUGAACCUCUGGAUACUACUCAGAUAGAACAGAAUGGAGUUUCUGGCUGCAUUACAAAUUUAUUUGCUUGUAAGUUGAAUGGCAGUGAGAAAGUGCCUUUGAACAAUGUGGCCUCUUUGGAAGGAAGUGAUUUAGUGUGGAAUAGGAUAAAUAAAAUGGAGUGUCACUCUUCUCAAUGGAGAGAUGUUCCCAAAAAGGUUACUGGAGCAGUUAGUCUGACAUUUAAGGGACAGAAAACAGAUUUCCUGAACAUGAAUGAAAAAAUGAGAGGACAAAAUGCUGAUGCUGGUGGAAACAAACCCAGUUGUGAUGUAGCUUUUCAAAAUGCUGAAUGUCUAAAGGAGCCAGAAAUACCCAAUGUUUCUUCUGGAGGAUCUGCACCUGUUGUUACUGAGGCAUCUGCAGUGAUUCAUGACAAUGUGCUCUCCACUGCUGAUGGUCAAAAGACUCUGGCAAGUAAUGUUGUAUUAGAUGAAGGAUCAGGAAUCAACAGAAGCUGGUUGUCUAAUGAUGCGCAAGGCAGUGAACAAAGUGCAGAGUUUCUUGGUGUUGCUUGCGAAUUCAACCCCAUGGAUGCAGGACCAUCCAAAGGGUUUGCUGAUAAUUCUUCUCGUAGUCUGAUUGAUGAACUUCGAGUGAGAGAUUCCUUAAAAUUGAAGAAAAUGCAGAACCAUUCUAGCUUCAGCAUUCAAGAAAAGAGCCAUCGUAUUCAUAAAGUGGUUGAUUUUUCCAUAAAGGUCAUUAGAAAAAGAACCAAAUGGGGAAAGUUGGAUACAACACUUCCUGCCGUCUACUCUGCUUGUGGCUAUCCAGAGGGCACUUGUGGUUCUGGUCUGGAACAUUCGUGCAAUGAUAAACAAGGUGCCCUCCUAUCUGAUAACGGCAGUGCAGAAAAAUGUAUGUAUUCCAUAGAACCAAGUUUCAGAGAAAGGAGGUUCAGAAUGGGUUCAUUGAAUACUCUUUCUUGCAAUGUUAAAGUUAAUUGCCAUGAUGCAAAAGCUAUUAGUACUCAGUCAGAUCAUUUAAAGGUCGAUGAUGAUGAUACCUUUGUAGCUUGUGAAUUAACAAGAAGAAAGAGGCCGAAAUUGGACACUGCAACACCUGUUAGGCAGGCAGAUGAGGGAUAUAAUCUAGGUGUUGACGCUGCAGCUAAGUGCAGUAUGGUAGAUACCUCUACGUUUCCUGAGAUGCAUGAGAAGGUUUAUAGGAGGGCUGUAAGACCUAUAGUGGGACAGAAAUAUGGAGUAAUUUCUAAUGCGAAUCCAUCAAAACCAGUCAAAUUUGUUUCUCUAAGAAAAAUUUGCGACUCAUUGGAAAAGUGUGGCUCCUCUGGAAACUCCACUGCAAAAUUGACUUCUGUAAAAUUAAGGAAGGCAAGUGCAAAAGAAAAACAUCGACGCAUUAACAGAUCUCCAUAUCUCAAGAAAGUCAGAAUUUGUAAUGCUAAUUGUGUUGUAACUACCAAAAAAUCUAAAAGUCAUCUCUUGACAUCUAGUGAAUUGGAUCCUUGCCAAUCAUUAGAGCAAUCCAAAAGAGUGCAUUGCCAUGGAGGUGAACAAGGGGCUUACUUAUGCUACUCUUUAGAGAAGAGAAGGUAUGAUUGCCUUAUAGAAACUGGUAAUAUUGCAGAUGAUUCUCUGCCAACUCCACAGAAGCCAUUGUGCAAGGAGAUUCACAAACAGGACCUUAAUGAGUUGACACUUGAAGGUAUUCAUCCAGGAGAAGGAGAUUCUACCUGUGCUCGAACAGAGGGAUACAAGGGCCGCAAAAAGGAAGGAGUGCGGUAUAAUUUUCGUCAGUAUCCUGAGUCUGGCGGUGGAUGCCUUGUUGCCCAGGAGCAACUAAAUGCCUGGAUUUACAUAACUGGACAAAAGCCAUCAAGAAAAGAGAUGCUGAGGCUUCCACCUAAAGAUGCUGAAUAUGAUUAUCGGAAGGAAUAUGCUCGCUAUAAGCACUCCAAAGGGUGGAAGAGUUUGGUUGUGUAUAAAUCUGGCAUUCAUGCUCUUGGUCUUUACACGUCUAGGUUUAUUUUACAAGGCGAAAUGGUUGUUGAAUAUGUGGGUGAGAUAGUGGGGCUCCGUGUGGCUGACAAAAGAGAAAUUGAGUACCUGUCAGGAAAGAAAUUGCAGUAUAAGAGUGCUUGUUAUUUCUUUAGGGUCGAUCGAGAGCAUAUAGUCGAUGCAACCCAGAAGGGAGGGAUUGCCCGAUUUGUGAACCAUUCAUGCCUGCCAAACUGCGUUUCCAGAAUCAUUUCUCUGAGGAAUGAGAAGAAGGUAGUAUUUUUUGCUGAGAGAGACAUUUUUCCUGGAGAAGAGAUUACAUAUGAUUACAAUUUUAACCAUGAAGAUGAAGGCAAAAAAAUCCCCUGCUACUGUAAUUCAAAGAAUUGCCGUCGGUAUUUAAACUGACAGAGCUUGAUACUUUUUCGUUCGUUCAUAAUCUGGGAACCCGUUGAAGUAUAUGGAUGUCAUUAUUUGGCCUCUGCAGAAGUACGUGCUAAUAUUCUCGUGAAAGGCCAGCAUCAAUGUUCUCACGAAUGUUUAUAAUCUUGCACAUACAUAUGUAUGUAAAUAGAUAUUUUAUUUUUACGUUAACAUCUAGAUCUGCAGUUUUUCCUCACCCAGUCUUGGUUUCUUGAUUUAAGUUAUAGCACCAAACAA